AUGGACAAGCUAGUGAUCACGAGGGGACCUACAGUACACAAUGCAGCUUCCGCCGUCGAGCCAAGAAGGAUCAUGGAACAACCCACAUGGGGGUUAUUGAUCUCCCACGAUGGUCUCGAUGGUCUGGUACUCAAGCAGGGGGCCAGCAACGGGGGAGGGGGGGGAGGCGGUUCGAGCAGGCGUAAGUCUACCUCAACGCCAACGGUGGGUUCUUCGUCAUCGUCGUCGAAAGCGUCCGCCACUAAGGGUACGCUGGACACUUGCGGGAGGCGGUUCGUGUCUAGAUUCUCGGUGCACAGCACGGUGGAGGGGUGGGAGGGCACCACGGGACCUGGUACGCCUCUGUGGUGCGAGUAUCUCCCCCCCUGGGUACUCCGUAAGGAGUUCCACACGAUUUUAUCGGCGUACGGGGUGCAGUACGUGUGCUCCGAGAGGUUCCGCCUGGGAUUGGGUCCCCUUGAGGACGGCAAUGGUCCCACAGGGGGAGCGGCAGGAGGAGCACAGCCGCCUUCGGGGGCAGGGGGUGAUGCCGCGUGGCGGGAGGGGGGGGGGGCUAACGCCAGCAGGAGGAGCGUGGAUCGGACGGUGUUCUGGAACCUGGUUGUUCAUUUCAGAGAGUACUGCCUGCCCAUCACCUUCCUCCUUGCCGACGCCGCUUCGCCCGCUGUGUGACUGGCCGGGUGUCGUCUUGUCGGCGUGGGUCACCUCUUUUUCGACUCAUCCUAUUUUCUUUCUUCUUUUUUUUUCUUUUGGCCGGCUGGGGGUGCCUUGUUAUCGUCGUCGGUGUGCGGUCCGCCGCACCUUAUGCAGCUUCCGGCCCUGCUUUGGUUGUCGCUGACUCCGCGCUCUUUGCCGCUGAGUGGGUGAGUGAGUGAGUGUUGCCGCCAUGGCGAAGUCUCGCUGAUAAAGUUCACGUGCUUCCAUGUAGGUGGACUCCCUCCUUUCAAAAUCACGAACCCCGCUUUAGUUUGUUGCGUGGUUACGUUGAUGGUGGGUGCAAUAGGAGGCUGUUUGCGGGGGGACAGUGUAGCAAUGCACUUUUAUUUGGUCGUGUAAGGCUUGCUUGCAUUUCAUCGUCCCCUACAACAAGAGGUGCAAAGCGCACGUGUAAAUGUGUUGGUUGGAAGUUGCGCCUGGUGUUGGGCACCCGGCAGGCGUUUGGGCCGAUCGUUCGCCUUGUGAUUGACCGCAAUGCGGCACCAAGCUUGCUUCAUUCACUCUGUGGUUUGUUUCGCUGACUUUUGCCUCCCCCCUCCGUUCUGAACAUUAACACAUGACGUGGGUUAGAGGCUUUGGCUGUGACCUGCCAUUCGUAGGUCCCAUGGAAGGGGGAAUGACCUCUCAGAGUAGGAAGCGAUUGGUAGCCGGUUGAGAUCCGGUUUGCCCUGAACACUCUUGUCUUGCUUGUAGUAUUGUAGGCCACGGGAGGUUGUAUCUUGUCUCAGGUGAUGGGUGACCAUCAUUCCCGCCCACGGCGGUGUACAUUGGACGCGAUUUUUGCUGAUGGCCUCGCCAUCUAUAUUGUGUUGUUUGUUAAGUACCCGUGUGGAGCAUCAUCCCCUUUGCUGGUUCUAGUGCUUGAUUUUUAGUACUUAGAAACCGUACCUUUUUCUGGUAGUCUAGAGUAGGCGGCGGAUCGCAGUGGGACAAAUGGUGUUGAUACCAAUGGGUGUUUUUUUUUUUCCUUCUUACGAUGGCAGACGAGGAGGGGCUGCAGUAUGAUAUCAUGAUUAUAUCCCUCUGAAACAAGAGGUCUUGGUUAGCUUUCAUGUCAUGCAGUCGGUGAUUACCGGGGCGCUCUCGGAGCCGCGCUCUGCGCUUGGCCUCUGCGGCAAACAAUUUGUGUUGGUUUCAAGUACACCCCAAGGUACGAGAUGCAUGUUCGUGAAUUUUCGUAAGUUUUUUGUCUCCGGAGUAUCGUAUCGUGAUGCUUUCGAACGCUCCCCGAACGAGGAAAGCAGUGUACGGAUUGGAAAGUGCUCAAAAACAGGAGCGGUAUGGAGGAGGCGAUCAAGAGUCUCCGAAGGUUCUAGGGAUUGAUGUACAGCAGUGUAUGAUAGGUGUCAACUUCAGCCUUUUCGCUGACUCUGUAUGUUGGCUGCUCAAGCACCUCGAAUCUAGGAUAUGAUUGUUGCCUACUCUGUCUUUUACGAUUUAUUCCCGUUGCCUCAGCGCACAUGGAUUGCGUCGUGGACGCAAGUGCCGCGAAUGAAUGUUCAUGGCCAGUUUAAGGUUUGUGGUUUCAUAUCCCCCCGCCCCCCACGUGUCCCCGGUGUUUGCCAUCG